AUGGUCGACACGGGAGACGGCAGCGCUUUGCCCACCUCGCUCUCCCCGCUCGUCGCCCUCGCGUCCCCCGCCCGUCACUCUCGCUCUUCCCGCCCACCGCCCUUGCCCCGCCCGUUGCCUCGCCUCCUCCUCGCCCGUCGCCUCGCCGCCUCCCCGCCCGUCGCCCUCGCUUCCCCUUCCCGUCGACCUCGCUUUCCCCCUCCCGUCGACCUCGCUUUCCCCCUCCCGUCGACCUCGCUUUCCCCCUCCCGUCGACCUCGCUUUCCCCCUCCCGUCGACCUCGCUUUCCCCCUCCCGUCGACCUCGCUUUCCCCCUCCCGUCAACCUCGCUUUCCCCCUCCCGUCGACCUCGCUUUCCCCCUCCCGUCGACCUCGCUUUCCCCCUCCCGUCGACCUCGCUUUCCCCCUCCCGUCGACCUCGCUUUCCCCCUCCCAUCGACCUCGCUUUCCCCCUCUUCUUCGCUGUCGCUUCCUUAUCCCGUCGCCCAUGCCCAUGGUCCUCCCUCGAGCCGACGCCCUAAUUUCCCGCCCCGCCGCCUUCUCUACCCUUCCCUCUGCCCCCUCCCUUCCUGCGCCCAUCACCAUCGCUACCCUCCCAUCGCUCUUCCCGUCGACUCUCCUCUCUUCCCUGUGGCCGCGUCGACAUCGCUCCCCAUCCCUCCCAGUUCCUCAAACAUCGGUGUAACUUUUGCUCACUCCCUUCCCCGCUACUCACUCCCUUCCCCGCUGCUCACUCCCUUCCCCACUGCUCACUCUCUUCCCCGCUGCUCACUCUCUUCCCCGCUGCUCACUCUCUUCCCCGCUGCUCACUCUCUUCCCCUGCUGCCAAUAAUGUUGUCGUCCAAGCUGCUGCCGGAGAUGGAGGUGGACGGGCGAGCAAGAGAGGACGCGCUGAGGGGGCCACAGGCAGCGCUGCCGAUGCGACAGCAGCUCGAGCUUCUGCUGCUGCCCACCACUUUCUCUCGCCUCGCCUCGCCUCGCCUCGCCUCGCCUCGCCUCGCCUCGCCUCUCCUUGCCGUGCCUCACCUUGCCUUGCUACACAGUGGAGGAGGGAGGCACAAGGGCAGCGCAGAUCCACAGGCAGCGGCCAGCGUGGCGGCGGCGUUCGGCAAGUGCAGCAUGGACAGGGCUGCUCUGACCCGCGGGGCUGAACAGGAGAAGCUUCUCAGAAAUGCACUGGCCACAAGCAAGGCGUACGGUACUGGUGCACAGCACCGAGUGUUGUCACAUUAA